UUACACUUCAGUCACUCUCAAUAUCUGCUCAUCCCAUCAAAACACCAACUCUAAAUCUAAACCAUACACUUGUCUCCCUUCCCUCAUCUAUGCCAGUAUAAUCUCCACCAUUUCCGCCUAGUUCACUGAACCGUAUAUAUCAGUUUACCGGUCACCGGAAUUACUUUUACAUACUAAAAUUCUGUAACCCAGUUUUGGUUGUAUUCAAUUUCAGGAAGAAGAAGAGCAACCCGAGAAGUGUGGAAAUAGAAGCUAAAGACUUGACGUUUUGGUACUCUGUUCAGUUCAACAGAGAUCUUCCCCACAACCACAACCACAACCAAUCAAAAUUCACUCUAAAAUCUCAGAACAACUUUCACUCUACCAGAAACGGAGCGUUGAACUUGAAGGUGAAGAAGAAAGGAGAUAUGGCAGCCAAGGUCUCAAAUUUCUCCGAUCUGAUACAGAGAGUGGCAUCUUCUUGCUUGCUUCACCCACUUGCCAAUGCUCGACAAGACGACCAAAACGUUGAAGACGAUGAAGAAGAACAAGACUAUGAGUAUAACUCAGAAGAAGAAGAAGAAGAAGAAAAGAGAGAUGGAGGAGUCGAGAUUGUGAGAGAGAGGGAAGUGGUGAGUGUAGAGAGAGUGAUAGAACUGGAGACGAUAAUGAGCGAGGUGUUUGAGGCGUUUUCUGCUAUGAAGAAAGCGUACGUUAGCUUACAGGAGGCGCAUUGUCCGUGGGACCCGGAGAGGAUGAGGGUAGCUGACGUGGCGAUCGUGGGCGAGAUGAGAAGGGUUGGUGUGUUGAGAGAGAGGUGGUUUAGGAGGAGGAGGAUUGGUGACGGUGGUUGCGGCGGCGGUGGUGGUAGAGGAAUGGUGAGAGAAGUGGUGGCGCCGUACGAGGCGGCAGUGGAGGACUUGAAGAAGGAGGUGAAAGCUAGAGAAGUUGAAGUUGAGAACCUGAAGGAGAAGCUGAAGAAUGUUACUAAUAAUCUUGGCAGUAGCAGAAGGGGGAGGUCUUUCUCCAAGAGGAAAGUCAACUGCAACAGUCAAGCUCCUCAAGUUAUAGCAGCACCAGCACCGGACCUGUUUGAAGCAACAAUUAGCCUUGUGAAAGAUGCAUCAAAAUCUUUCACAUCGCUGCUACUCUCCCUUAUGCGAGCUGCGCAUUGGGACAUUGCUGCUGCUGUGCGUUCCAUUGAAGCUGCCUCUGCCAACAGCCCUGAAACAAUCACCACCAUUACGAGUUCCGUCGUGGCAACCAACCAUGCCAAGUAUGCACUUGAGUCCUACAUUUCACGCAAAAUCUUCCAGGGGUUCGACCAUGAGACUUUCUACAUGGACGGCAGCCUUUCUUCUCUCAUCAAUCCAGACCAGUAUCGUCGCGAUUGCUUCACCCAAUACCGUGACAUGAAGGCCAUGGACCCUGUUGAGCUUCUGGGAAUCUUGCCUACAUGUCAUUUUGGCAAAUUCUGCUCCAAGAAGUAUCUCGCUAUCGUUCAUCCCAAAAUGGAAGAGUCCUUGUUCGGAGACUUGGAGCAGCACCGCCAAGUAUUGGCUGGAAACCACCCAAGGAGUCAGUUCUAUGGUGAGUUCUUGGGACUGGCCAAGGCAAUUUGGUUGCUUCACUUGCUGGCAUUCUCACUUGACCCAGCACCAUGCCAGUUUGAGGCAAGCAGGAGAGCAGAGUUUCAUCCACAGUACAUGGAAAGUGUUGUCAAAUUUUCUGGUGGCAAGCCACCCCCUGGUCAGAUUGUGGGGUUUCCGGUGAGCCCUGGCUUCAAGCUUGGAAAUGGAACAGUAAUUAAGGCUAGAGUUUACCUGGUAUCAAGGACAUGAGGUAUUUCAUAUCGGCUUGUUAUAUGUAGUUCAUGGGUUUUAGGAAGAAAUGGUGCGUUUGGGCUAGUGUUCACAGUUCCAGGUCACCGGUGAUGUUUCCUUAAAUAACAAGAAAGUCCUCCAUAGAGGUUUUAGACUACUACUACAUGUUAUUAGUAUUAAGCCUUUUAGAUGUACUACUACAUGUUAUUAGGUCACUAAUGUUAGACUCUGUAACAUGAACAUGUUCUAUGCUACAUGCUUCAGUGAAAAAAAAGGGUUCAUCCAAUCAGUCUGCCAUGAUGCUACAAUUUUAUUGCAGGAUCUUGAAACUGCAGAUCUUUUGCUAGGGUACUAUGACCUGCAUUCUACAUGUUUCAAUUCUCUGUUUCACAGAAAUAUAAGUUA